GGGAAAGAGCAGAGAGGGAGAGAGAGAAAGCGCGUACCUUUUCACAUUAGUGCUGAAACUGGCAUCCCCAUUUGCACCAAAGAUCGCAGCAGCAGCAGCAGCAACUACACUUGGAACUGAAACACCAAUCCAACCCCUUCGUACGAGGUUUCUCUGUUCUGUUAUGAAUUCUCGUGUUUAAGGAUACGGUUUUCUUGAUACAUUUUUAAGUUCAUCUCCAGGUUUUGAUCUUGAAGAAUAAGGAGCAUGUAAUUGACUACCACAAAUAUGGUUUUGUUAUAACUGAGCUGUUUAUGGUUUGAAAAAAUCAUGGAGGAGAUUGAGUUGAAUAUGCAUUGGGACGAUGUAGUCUGUCCUAUAUGUUUGGAUUUUCCUCAUAAUAGUGUUCUUCUCCAGUGUUCAUCCUAUGAUAACGGAUGUCGUGCUUUUGUUUGUGACACAAAUCAAUUGCACUCUAAUUGUUUGGAUCGCUUCAAAAAUUCAAGCGGCGUGCCAGCCUCUCUGGUGUCUUCUACUGCUUCUGCUGAAAAUACUGAAAAUAGCAAUGCUAAGGAAUCAAAUGGUGAAUGCAAUCUGACUUGCCCCUUGUGUAGAGGUGAGGUUUCUGGGUGGAUUGUUGUCGAUAAAGCUCGUGGUCAUCUUGAUGAGAAGAAGCGCUGUUGUGAUGAGGUGCGAUGUGCAUUCAUGGGAAGUUACUUGGAGCUACAAAAACAUGCUCAGCUUGAACAUCCUCAUGCACGCCCAUCAAAAGUUGAUCCGGCACGCCAACUUGACUGGGAGAAUUUUCAACAAUCAUCAGAGAUCAUAGAUGUUCUAAGUACUAUUCAUUCAGAAAUUCCCAGAGGGGUGGUUCUUGGAGAUUAUGUGAUUGAGUAUGGAGAUGACGAUGCUAGAGAUGAGUUUGAGGACUUCCCUGGAGAUGAGGGCAACUGGUGGACCUCAUGUAUUCUGUACUUUGACAACUUCAGAAGAUCAAGAAAUAGAAGAAGAGCAAGAGUCAGUCACACAAGAAGGGGUAAUCGCCGUUUAAGUUAUGAUACUUCAAAUUCUGAUGAAGGUUCCGUCGCAUCUGUGGAGUAUCCAGAUUAUAGGAUAGAAGAGACUGAUGAUGAUUUUGUUAGUACAAGUGGCUCUUCAAGGAGUAGUGCUGGUUAUCGCAGAUCCCAUAGACGCCGGUCCCGCUUUUAUGACAAUUAGACAGUGUGUGAAAGCAAAACUUGAAGGAACAUGAAUCAGACUGUGAUUUGUCAUGCAAAGAUUACAUUUUAGCUCCUCUGUUGCUUGUAGCCUGAGAUAUGAUGAUUGGAGAUCUCUGUAAAUUUGAUACUUGCAUGUGGUCACAUACUCAGUUUCAUUUGUUUUAUACAUUUGCCUAUUAAUUUCCUCAUAGGCAGCCACAGUGAUAUAGCUAGCAUUCUGCUGCAUAACUAUGGAAUAAUGAAUUUUUUUGAUCUUAUUUUGGCUGUACAUAUAGGAUAUACUAAAUUGAUUGUGAUAUGUGGAAUAACACAGAUGCUAGCUUCUCUGUCACUGAAAAAGUAUUGUAUGUUAUUUCACAUUUACUAAUUGCUCAUGUCACUUCAAA